AUCCUGUCAACUUUCCAUGAUGAAUUAGACACCACCCAUUCAAUCGCAGGGUUUUUUGGGGAUGAAACACAAGAAUAUUGGGGGAAAUUUCUUAUAAAAUGCAUGAUUUGGAUGCUUGGUGAAAGAUUAUACUGGAUCAUAUCUAUAGAAACAAAUCCCUGUGGCUCAUUUUAGGGGACAGAAACACCAUUUGAUCAAAAUCCUUUGCAAAUUCCUCUGUAACUUGGACAAGCAACUCCUUGUUAGCAGGAAAUGGCUUGGAUGGAGCCUCUUUCUGUGUUGUUCCUAUUUGCCCUCACACUUGCAUUCCUUUGGAAAUGGAGCAAUUCAUGGAAGAGCAGUAGCCAAAAGUUUCCACCAGGACCACGCCCAUUACCACUCAUUGGAAACCUCCACCUACUGGAUCUGAAGAGGCCUUACAGAACCAUGCUAAAGUUCUCUAAACAGUACGGCCCAGUCUUCAGCGUCCAAAUGGGAACCCAGAAAACGGUCGUUCUGGCAGGCUACAAGACUAUGAAGGAGGCUUUGGUGAACCAAGCAGAUGCCUUUGCAGACAGGCCCGUAAUCCCAGUGUUUGAAGACUUUGAACAUGGCCAUGGUCUUGUUUUUUCUAAUGGUGAGAACUGGAAAGUGAUGAGGCGGUUUGCCAUAAGCACGUUAAGGGACUAUGGAAUGGGCAAGAAGACCAUGGAGGACAAAAUUGUUGAGGAGUGUCAUUUCCUAAUACAGGAGUUUGAAUCUUUUGAAGGAAGACCAUUCGAGGCUACUGCAAUCAUGAAUGCGGCUGUUGCCAAUAUUAUAGUGAUCAUAUUACUCGGCAAGCGAUACGAGUACGAAGAUCCCACGUUUAUGAGAUUACUGGACUUACUCAAUGACAACGCCCGGCUGUUUAGAAGCCCCUCAGUCAUGCUGUACAACAUCUUUCCUGCACUGCGUUUUCUCUGUGGUGGUCUCAAGUCUCUCGACAAGAAUAUUAAGGAACUGCACGCCUUCAUACAGGCCACCUUCAUAGAACACCUCAAAGAACUGGAUGUGAAUGACCAGAGGAGCUUCAUCGAUUCUUUUAUAACCCAGCAGCAAGAGGAAAAGAAGAAGUGCCAGAGCAACAGAUUUUUUCAUAAUGAAAACCUAAAAGUUGUUGUGGAGAACUUAUUUGGCGGUGGCAUGGAGACCACUUCAGUUACCUUGCGCUGGGGUCUGUUGCUGAUGAUGAAGUACCCAGAAAUUCAGAAGAAAGUGCAAGAAGAAAUGACAAAGGUCAUUGGAUCAGCACAGCCACGGAUGGAGCACCGAGCAAAACUGCCCUACACGGAUGCCGUGAUUCACGAAGUUCAGAGGUUUGGUAAUAUUUUCCCUUACGGCUUGCCACAUGCCACCAGUGCAGAUGUCACUCUUGGAGACUACUUCAUCCCAAAGGGAACGCAUAUCUUUCCAUUCCUGUACUCUGUGCUGUGUGAUGAAUCGGAGUGGGAGAAACCUUUUCAAUUUUAUCCUCAGCACUUCCUUGAUUCUGAAGGAAAGUUUGUCAAGAGAGAUGCGUUCUUACCUUUCUCUGCAGGUCGGCGAGCGUGUGCUGGAGAGACCCUGGCCAAAAUGGAGCUCUUCCUCUUCUUUACCAGUCUUCUGCAGAGAUUCACUUUCCAGCCAGCCCCUGGGAUGUCGAAAGAAGACCUGGACCUGUCCUAUGCAGUUGGGUUAAGUGGGGCUCCAGUGCCCUACAAUUUCUGUGUUUUGCCACGUUAUUAACAUCCCACCGUGUUUAGCUUCCUCUGCACACCAUCCUUGUCUUCUGAAACCUUUGCUUAAUAAGGACAUUUCAGAUUCAACAGAAUCACACUGUGGUUGGUCACAAACGUUCGUGUUUCAUAUACCUAGCUGUGGAUCCCCUACAAGCUAAAUCAAAGACGUAACUUGGUUCGAAAUUUGGACUUCGCUUCUUGAAUUGUUUGCUCUACAAUAAGAAUGUUUCUGCAUCUGAUGUCUUCUAUUGACGCAUUACAAAUGUCUUUCAGUCCCCCAAACAACUAAUGUGAGCCAACAGCUAUCAUAUCCUUUAAAGUGAGAUCCUUCCAAUGCUACCAACUAUGUAGACAAAAUAAAUAUCGUUAAUGUUGUGUUUUA